AUGAGUAGCGGUGAUCUUAAAUUCUAUUAUUUUGAUUUACAAGCUCGUGGUGAACUUACUCGACUUAUAUUAGCUGCUGCUGGUCGUUCAUAUGAAGAUAUUCGUUUUGGUUUUGAUAAAUGGCCUGAAUAUAAACCAAAAAUGAUCUUAGGUCAAGCUCCUGUAUUAGAAUUAGCUGAUGGUACACAACUUCCUCAAUCAUUAACAAUUGCUCGUUAUGUCGCACGUGAAGCAGGUUUAGCUGGUUCAGAUAAUCUUGAAUCAGCUAAAAUCGAUGCUGUUGUUGAUACUCAAAAAGAUGUUAAUGAAACAUAUUUUAGCAAAGUUUUUCCUGAAAAAGACGAAACAAAAAAAGCUGAAGAAUUAAAAAAAUUUCUCGAUGAAACAGUUACUAAACAUGUUGAAAAUUUAGGUAAAUUGAAAAAAGCUUAUAGUAAAGAUGAAAAAUAUUUUGUUGGUGAUAAAUUAUCAUGGGCUGAUUUAUUUGUAUUUCAAUCUAUUCAAGCUUUAUUACAAGCUGUACCUGAAGUUAAAGGAAAAUUUGGUGAACAAUUUAAACCAUUAAUGGAUGCAAUCAAUGGUAAUGAAAAUAUCAAGAAAUAUUUAGAUGCUCGACCACAAACAGCUUUUUAG